AAAAUAAGAGCCUAAAUGUAUGGUUUAGCCGACAAAACUUUGCUACAGCUUCAUAGACGGAAUGCAGAAAUCUACAGAACCCGAUCCCCGCAGUGAUGGGGUUGAAAAAUAUGCUGAUGUGAAUUGGGAUGAGCUCGGAUUUUCUUUUACUCCUACUGAUUUUAUGUGCAUGAUGCGAUGUUGUGGAGGGGAGAAUUUUUCUCAAGGAGCCCUCGUCCCCUUUAGGAACAUAGAACUCAGCCCAUGUUCCACAGUUCUUCAAUAUGGACAGGGAUUGAUUGAAGGUCUAAAAGCUUAUAGGAAAGAGGAUGAUGGUAGUAUUCUACUAUUUCGACCAGAGGAAAAUGCUCUGCGGAUGAAGAUGGGUGCAGAGAGGAUGUGUAUGCAAUCACCCUCGGUGGAGCAGUUUGUAGAUGCAGUAAAACAAACAAUUCUUGCCAACAAGCGUUGGAUACCUCCUCCAGGAAAAGGAGCACUUUAUCUUAGGCCUACGCUCAUGGGAAGCAGCUCUGUUCUGGGCUUACGGGCAGCAACUGAAUAUACAUUUCUAGUUUUUGCUAGUCCUGUUGGCAACUAUCAAAAGGCUGGGACUGGUUUAAACUUGGUUGUUGAAGAGAAGUUUCAUAGAGCUAUCCCUGGUGGAACUGGAGACAUCAAAGCUGUUGUCAACUAUUCACCUACUAUUAAAGCCGCAGGUGCAGCAAGAGCUAAAGGGUUCUCUGAUGUGUUGUUUCUUGAUUCUCUCACUGGAAAAUAUAUCGAGGAGGUUUCUGGAUGUAACAUUUUUAUGCUGAAGGGAAAUAUUCUGUCAACUCCUGCAACAAAUGGAAACAUUCUUCCAGGGAUCACUCGGAAAAGCAUCAUUGAACUUGCAAAGGACUUUGGCUACCAGGUUGAGGAGCGUGAUAUUCCAGUAGAGGAUGUGUUUGAUGCCAAUGAAGUCUUUUGCACUGGAACUGCAGUUGGUGUGACCCCUGUUGCUAGUAUAACCUACCAAGACAAAAGGUUUGAAUACAGAACUGGAGAAGAGACCGUGUCUUUUAAGCUGCAUGUAGCCCUGACUGGGAUUCAAUCUGGUUCCAUUGAGGACAAGAAGGGAUGGACCGUAAAGAUAUAAAAGUGUUUGUACUAGAUAGAUUAGUUUUAGUAUUGGUAUAUAUCAAGGUUUUUAAAAUCAAACCGAUCAUUGAACCAUUUUUAGGUCCGGUCCCUGGUUCAACCGGUGAACCAGCCGGUCCAAACAGCAAGGAACAUUUGAUGAGAGGAGCAAGCUGUCAUGGAUUUUUUAAUUUGGUAUUUGAUAAUUUUGUAAUUUUGUUAAAAUUAAAGGUUAAAAUGGGUA